GAGCUUCGUGACAUCCCUUAUCAUGUUAGAGGAUCCGUUCCCUUUCUCACUGCCCCCGUGCUCUCUUCGCCGAAACAUCCCACCAAUCUCCUGUCGCCGCUCUGCUCUGGUCCCCGUCCGAUGGAGUUCUCCCGCCGCGGCCCAGCCACCGACGACCCUCCGCCGCACGGAAGAGGUUCUUCCCUGCAUCACGGGAGGCUCCGAGACCGAGGCAAUCCAUUGUACUGGGACUGUUCUACCUCUAUCUAAUCCGCGGCUUACAGAAUAGUGGCAGCAGACUAGCUGUGGUUUGAUUUGCUUGGGGGCAUAACAUUGAAGAUCCUGCCCAACUCGUUUGUCCUCUCGUCAAAAACAAAUCAGCUUGUCGAUCCUACUUUAUCCGGUUCACCUGUUCCUCUGAUCAGAUGCAGAAUACUUGUUCAAGCAAACAAGGGCAAGGCAAUGGUGUAGAAUUCUGAUCCUUGUUUGUUCCUAUUGCUGGUGCAGGGGAGGCAAUGCUGGUGAUGAGGGAUGCUUUGCUGUGGCAGCUCCAGAAGGACCGCCUUCGCCAGGAAAUCAUCAUGGCCGAGCUGUGCAAGAUUGAGGGCGCCAUGGCCCUGCGCGCUGUGUCCGGUCACCACAGCACGCCGAUGCCCCAUGACAGCAUGCCGCAGCACAAAGGACCCGUCUUCAGCUGGGAACACGACGUCGGCGUGGGUGAGGAAAAUGAUGUGAAGCUACCAAGCAACUAUGGAAGGCAGAGUGCAGAACCCAGAUUUUGGAACCCCGUCGCAGAAGAUCGCGCGGAAAAAUGCUGGAACCCGUGCAAAUGCAGGGUUAAUUCGGGUGAACAUAACUCAGCAUUUGAUGAACAUAAACUGCAGGAUUCCAGUGAGAAUGUUCCUCCAAAUAAAGCAUCGCCUGCGGAGAAGUGGGAACUGACAGGAAUAACCAUACCAGUUAAGAAGCCGAAGCCACCCAUGAGCCCCAGAAAAAGAAAGAAGCCACCCAUGAGAUGGACUUGCCCGGUGUGCCAGGUACAGGCAAAGUCUGCGCAUAAGCAUUGUGCUGGGAAGAAGCACCAGUCAAAUAUAGCAACAUUGGAAUCAAACAUUAAGGCCAUCAGUUAUCAGAAGCCACCUUUAGCAGGUUGCAGCAUUUGUCAAGUUAUGUGUGGCACCGAAUCAGAUCUUGAGAUCCACAUGAAAGGUAAAAGGCACUUAAAGAAGAUUCAAGCUCUAUUCGAAGAAAGCAAUAACAACUCAAUCAAUUCUGAGUCUCUGAAAGCAAACUUGAACACAGACAGCAGGAUGCUACAUGUGGAGAAAAUGAACUGUGGCCUAGACUUGGAGAACCAUCUCAGAGAUGAAAGACACCAACUGAAUGUUCGGACACUUUGCGAAACAGUCAACCAAGAGGAGAACAGUCCACCAGAAAUUGUCAAGGACCAAACACCAUCCUCAGAAUGGGAUUGUGUUAAGUGUCAGGCCAAAUGUAACUCUGAUGUCCAUUUUGAGAAUCACUGCAUAAGCAGAAAGCAUCAACAGAGGACCCAGGUGAUACUUAGCAAAGACGAUAUCACGAAAACAGGCAGGACCCAUGUGAUACUCAGUGAAGGCGAUGUCACGAAAAUGGGCAAUCUCCACAUGGAAGCAUCAUGCAAAGAAGGCAGUAACAAUGAUAUGGCAAGUAACAUUGCGCCACAGGAAGCAAAAUCGCAUGAGAGCAAUGUGCCAGAGCAUGCAGAGAAACCACCUUCAGUACAGAGUUGCAACAUUUGCCAAGGUAUCUGUAACUGCGCACCAGAUUUUGAUAUGCCGCAACAUGUGGAGGAGACGAGUUGCAAAUUAAGCUGGAAGAGCUACCUCAGACCCAGAGACGAGAGUCUCCAACUGAUGGAUGAUUGGGCCCUUCGCGAAAAAAUUAACCAAGAUAAAAGCAAUCCACCAGAAAUGUCCAAGGACCAAAUAUCAUCCUCAGAAUGGGAUUGCGCUACAUGCCAGGCCAAAUGUAACUCUGACCCUCAAACCGAGCAUCAGUGUAAAAGCGGAAAGCAUCAACAGAAGAUCGAUGUGACACUCCAUGAAGGUGAUAUUGCCGAAGUUAGCAGUCUCAAUGCAGCCCCAUGCAAAGAAGACAAUAACAGCCAUAUGGACGUUGCGCCAUGGGAAGCAAAAUCGGAUGAGUGCACUGUGUCGCAGCAUGUAGAGAAGCCACCUUCAGUAUGGAGUUGCAGCGAUUGCCAAGUUAUCUGUGCCCGUGAAUCAGAUUUUGAGGUCCACCUGAAGCGUGAAAGGCACUUGAUGAAGAUUGGAGCCCUGCUUGAAGAAAGCAAGAACAUGGCAAUAGCCGAGUCACAGAAAGCAAACUUGUACCCGGACAGCAUGCCGCAGCAUGUGGAGAAAAUGAAUUGUAAAUUAGACUUGGAGAACAACCUCAGAGAUGAGGGACACCAACUAAAUAUUCGCUCCCCUUGCAAAGAAAGCAACCAAAUGAAAAACAAUCCUCCAGAAAUUGCCAACGACCAAGAACCACCCUCAGAAUGGGAUUGUGCUAUGUGUCAGGAAAAAUGUAACUCUGAAUCUCAGGUUGAGCAUCAUUGUGAAAGCAGAAGGAAUCAACAGAAGACCGACGUGAUACUCCGCGAAGGCGAUAUUGCGAUAGUGAACAGUCUCCACAUCGCAGCCUCAUGCAAGGAAGGCGAUAACAACAGCACGGGCAUUACACCACCGGAAGCAAAAUCAGACGAGAACAAUGUGCAGCAGCAUGCAGAGAAGCCACCUCCGGCAUGGGAUUGCAGCGAUUGCCAAGUUACGUGUAACCGCGAAUCAGAUUUGGUGUUCCACCUGAACGGUAAAAGGCACUUAAAGAAGUUUCGGGCCCUACUCGAAGAAAGCAAGAAUAAGGCAAUGAAUUCUGAGUCACAGACAGCAAACUUGAACCAGGACAGUGUGCCGCAGCAUGCAGAUAAAACAAAUUGCAAACCAAACUGGGAGAGCUACAUUAGACUCAGAGACGAGAAACACCAACUCAAUGUUCAGGCCCUUGGCGAAGCAAUCAACCAAGACAAAAACAGUCCGGCAAAAAAGGACCAGAUACUGUCCUCGGAAUGGGACUGCGCGAUGUGCCAGGCCAAAUGUAACUCUAAAGCUCAACUUGAGCAUCACUGCACAGGCAGAAAGCAUCAGCAGAAGACCCAGGUUGUACAUGGCGGAGGUGAUAUUGCAGAAGUAAGCAGUAGCAACGAUAUAGCGACGAACGUUGUGCCACGGGACGCAAAAUCGCAUGAAAAAAAUGUGCCACGGCAUGCAGAGAAGUCACCUUUAGUAGGUUGCAGCAUUUGCCAAGUUAUCUGUGGCCGCGAGUCAGAUCUAGAGAUCCACCUGAAGGCUAAAAGGCACUUAAAGAAGAUUCGAGCUCUAUUCGAAGAAAGCAAGAAGGCAAUCAAUUCAGAGUCUCUGAAAGCAAACUUGAACCGGGACAGCAGGCCGCCACAUGUGGAGAAAAUGAACUGUGACCUAGACUCGGAGAACCACCUUAGAGAUGAAAGACACCAACUGAAUGUUCGGACCCUUUGUGAAACAAUCAACCAAGAGGAAAGCAGUCCACCAGAAAUUGUCAAGGACCAAACACCAUCCAGAGAAUGGGACUGUGCUAUGUGCCAAGCCAAAUGUAACUCUAAAGCUCAUUUUGAGAAUCACUGCAUAAGCAGAAAACAUCUACAGAGGACCCAGGUGAUACUCAGCGAAGGCGAUAUCACGAAAAUGGGCAAUCUCCACAUGGAAGCAUCAUGAAGAGGCAGUAACACCGAUAUGGCAAGUAACGUUGCGUCACAGGAAGAAAAAUCGCAUGAGAGCAAUGUGCCAGAGCAUGAGUCACCUUCAGUAAAGAGUUGCAGCAUUUGCCAAGGUAUCUGUAACUGCGAAUCAGAUUUGGAUAUCCUCCUGAUGAGUAAAAGGAUCCGAGCUGUCGCAGAAGAAUGCAAGAACACGGCAAUGGGUUCUGAGUCACAGAAAGCAAUGUUGAAUCCAAACGACGUGCCACAACAUUUAGAGGAAACGAGCUGCGAAUUAAAC